AUGUCCAUUAAUGUAUCAACCGACAUUUGGUCGGAUAGAUUCCUGCGACAACUCAGUUGGAAGCGUUGCCGUAUAAGAUGCCAACCCGGUUACGAAUUACUCGGAAAUUCAAUCUUAAAGUGUAAUCAAGAUGAAGUUUGGUCGGAAAAUCCACCGUCUUGCAUAGGUGCACAAACUCUUACCCUUCCUCCUCAUGCCGAAUUACCUCAAAAUUGUCCGAAUUAUUUGGUUUCUCAGUGCCGAUUGAGAUGUAAAAGAGGUUACGCUCUGGUUGGAAACGGAGCCGUCACUUGCAAUGUCGACGGGGAAGAUGCAAUUUGGAUAGUAAAUCCGGGACAAUGCAGAAGAGUUCGUUGCCGCAAACUACGCAGUCCUAACAACGGUUAUUUCGUCAAUAAAUGUAAAAGAAAUGUGGGUGAGCAAUGUGUAAUUGGAUGUCGACCUCCGUAUAUCGUCGGCGCCAACGUUCGUAGAUGCCUUCCUAAUGGAAGAUGGACUGGCGCAUGUAAUGCAUGCAUCAUGGGAGAGCAAUGUCCAUCAAUUACUGGCUUGAAUGGACGACAGUUAUCCGGAGUUUGUCAACCUGGUAUUAUUGGAGAAAGUUGCCAGUUUUCUUGUAACGCGGGAUAUCAAUUAAUUGGACUAAGCAAUAUUUUAUGUUUGAGAAACGGAUCUUGGUCGGGGCCACCACCGACGUGUCAAAUUAUUGCUUGUCCUUCGCUUCCUGUUCCUCAAAAUGGUAAAUACAAUGGAAUAUGUUUUCCCGGUCAACCCAAUCAAUGGUGUAACUUCAAAUGUAACGAAAAUUAUACUUUAUCUGGCAGUAGCAAUUUAUUAUGUCAAGCCAACGGAACUUGGUCAAAUGCGCCACUCACCUAUCAAGUUAGUAACUGUCCAGCAAUUACAAAUACCGAAGAAGGUAUCAUCAGCGGAACGUGUAGUCCUGGAAUAGUUGGUCAGUCGUGUUACUUCAGCUGUAAAUCCGGUUACAAUCUGAUAGGUCCUAAUAGUAUUGUUUGUCGAGCCGGUGGAAUUUGGUCAAUGGAUUCUCCUUAUUGCAAAAAGGUGAAUUGUCCGCCAUUGAAUGCGCCUGCAAAUGGAAUUCAAAGCUGA